AUGACGAUCAAGGCUGUCGUGGUUCUUACCGGCUCCGAGGGUGUCAAUGGCACUGUCACCUUUGAGCAGCUCGAAUCCGGCUCGACCGUGGUGAACGGCAAGAUCACUGGCCUCAAGCCCGGGCUUCACGGAUUUCAUGUGCACGCCCUGGGGGACACCACGAACGGCUGCAUGUCCACAGGCCCGCACUUCAAUCCGGCGAACAAAACUCACGGAGCUCCGGAAGACGAGGAGAGGCAUGCGGGAGACCUUGGGAAUGUCGUCGCUGAUGAGUCUGGGGUUGCGGAGUUCACCAUAACAGAUUCCCAGAUCCCUCUGUCUGGCCCGAACUCCAUCAUUGGCCGUGCUGUUGUCGUGCAUGCGGACACAGACGACCUUGGCAAGGGUGGCCACGAGCUCAGCAAAUCCACUGGAAAUGCUGGAGGCAGGCUUGCAUGUGUCAAGAGCCAAUCAGCAUGCGCGAGCAAGUCCGUGAUCCGCGUUCGCAAUAGCCUGAAUGAGGAAUCUCCCGUUGCCAAGGUGGCGGUCCCUGCGUGUUCCGCCGUGCUUGCCGCUCUCCUCGCCAUGCCUCUCUCCCCAGCGGCCGCGUCGGCAGCGGGAAUCAACGCCGUCGCCGUACUGACGGGGAGCUCCGGGGUUUCCGGGACUGUCACAUUCUCGCAGGAAGGAUCAGGCCCCACGGAGGUGAGUGCGUCCGUGGCAGGGCUGACACCUGGCCUGCACGGCUUCCACGUGCACAAGCUGGGUGACCUCUCCAACGGCUGCAUGUCCACUGGCCCGCAUUUCAAUCCGGCGGGCAAGACUCAUGGAGCACCAGGCGAUGCAGAGCGGCACGCAGGCGACCUUGGAAACCUGGUGGCAAAUGAGUCUGGCGUGGCGACUGUGUCUCUGACUGACCUCCAGAUUCCCCUCUCGGGCCCAAACUCUGUGCUUGGCCGUGCUGUUGUCGUGCACGCUGAUGCGGACGACCUGGGCAAGGGUGGUGUUGAGCUGAGCAAGGCCACGGGCAAUGCUGGCGGCAGGGUGGCAUGUGGUGUGAUUGGGCUUCGAAUGUUUCGGUUGCUGGUGUGCGCAUUGGUGGUAUCAUUGACGCUUCUUCGAGUGGAGGGUCAAAGCACGAGCGUGCAAGGCAUGGACUACAUGCUAGCGGCCUACGCAGGAGACAACCCCUUCCUGAUGGGAUGGCAGGAGAGCUCGUUCACCAACUUCCCCGCGCCCUUCUGGAACGGCGCCGUCGGCCGGCCGUGCCCGGGCAACACUUCCGACCUGCCAUACGCGGGCGUCUCCUGCAACGACCAGGGCUAUGUCAUUUCCGUGGACCUGAGCUACCCGUCGUUUCCGGCGGGCGUGCCGAAGCUGCAGGGUGGGAUGGACUGGAACAUCUCGGGCGUGCUAUUUCUUGAGCGCCUCGACGUUUCAUACAACCUUCUUGAAGGCCCUCUGCCGCCGCAGCUGGGGCUGGCGCCGAGCCUCAAGUCACUGAAUCUGGAGGGAAAUCAGCUAAACGGCACGCUCGACGACAUGCUCUGCUACCUCGACAAGCUCGAGUGCCUCCAUCUCGCCAACAACAACUUCAGCGGAAACCUGCCCUGGUGCUUCAAGCGGUUCCCCUGCCCCGACUUCGCGGGCAACCCACAUCUGAACACCAGCGGAUGCCUGGAUGUGACCUACAAGAGCUGUCCCAACAACUACACGGCGGUCGCAGCGCCACCACCCCCGGGGGCCACGGGGCUGGGCGUGGGCGCGGUGAUCGGAAUCGUCUUUGGCGCGCUCGCGAUCUUUGCGCUGUGCGUGGCGCUCUUCUUCUACGUGCGCUUCAAGCAGGAGGAGAAGCGCAAGCGCGAGGAGGCCGAGAGGCUCGCGCAGGACAUUGAGACCCAAAUCUCCACCCGUCACUUCGGAACGCUGAGGCGGUUCUCAGUGGACGAGCUGUCCAAGGCCACCAACGGGUUUGACGAGGACAACAUGCUGGGCGAGGGCGGGUUCAGCAAGGUGUAUAAGGGCAAGCUGGAGGACGGCAAGUUCGUGGCCGUGAAGAGAAUCAAGGAGGAGAAGAAGUCAGGUGGAGAGCUCAUGUUUCUGUCAGAGGUGGAGCUGAUCAGCCGAGCCGUGCAUCGUAACGUCAUGCACUCAGAGGGCUUCUGUGUGGAGAAGGGCGAGUGCAUGCUCGUGCUGCCCUUCUAUGCUAACGGCUCCGUGGCCUCCCGCACCCAAGGCAAGGAGGGUAACCCCAUGGACUGGCACUCGCGCAUGAAGGUGGCGCGGGGCGCAGCAGAGGGCAUUGCCUACAUGCACACCGACUGCAACCCCAAGCUCAUCCAUCGCGACAUCAAGGCCGCAAACGUGCUUCUCGACGAGAACGAUGAAGCAGUCAUUGCCGAUUUCGGGCUGGCCAAGGAGAUGGACGUGCAUGAGAGCCACGCGUCCACUGCUGUGAAGGGCACCAUCGGGCAUAUCGCCCCAGAGUACUUUGUGAGCGGGCAGUGCUCGGAGAAGACGGACGUGUACGCCUUUGGAGUGUUUCUCCUGGAGCUUGUGUCGGGCAAGGACGUGUUUGAGCUCACUCUGCCGCCCGAAGCCGAGGAGCUGCUGCUCAGGGACUGGGUGGCCAACAUGCUCCGUGACGGCAAGAUCCCUGAGUUUGUGGACAACGACCUGACGCGAUUGGGCUAUGACGAGGCUGACGUGGCAAAGAUGCUCCAGGUGGCGCUGCUCUGCAUGAAGCACGAUGCUGUGGACCGCCCAACCAUGGAUGAGGUGGCAAAGAUGCUCUCUGGAAAGGCCCUUGCAGACAAGUGGGAGAAGUGGCAGGAGGAGGCGGCGAAAAUGUCUGGCGAGGAUGUUAUGGCGGUGGUUAACACGCCUGCUAUCUGGGAGAAUACCACCACGGGUAUCUCGCUCGAUGCUUUCAACCUGUCUGGGCCGCGUUAG